AUGGCGCUCGGCGGGGUCGGUCGCGGCGGCGCGGCGCGGGCCGCCUGGCCGCGGCUGAUGGUGGCGGCGGCGGCGGCGGCGCUGGCGCUGGCGGGGCCGGCGCUGCCCGAGGUGCUGUUCCGCUGCCCGCCCUGCACGGCGGAGCGCCUGGCCGCCUGCCCCCCGGCCGCCCGCCCGUCCUGCCCCGAGCUGGUGAGGGAACCGGGCUGCGGCUGCUGCCCGGUGUGCGCCCGCCUGGAGGCCGAGGCGUGCGGCGUCUACACGCCGCGCUGCGCCGCCGGUCUGCGCUGCUACCCCGACCCCGGCGCCGAGCUGCCCCUCCAAGCCCUGGUGCAGGGGCACGGCACCUGCGCCCGCCGCCGCGACACGGCCGAGUACGGCGCCAGCGCCGAGCGCCCCGCAGACAAUGGGGAUGACCGCUCCGAGAGCAUCCUUGCUGAGAACCACGUGGAUGGCACUGCAGGCAUCCUGAGUGGAGCUGGCGGGAGGAAGCCCAUGAAGUCAGGCAUGAAGGAGCUGGCGGUGAUGAGAGAGAAGGUGAACGAGCAGCAGCGGCAGAUGGGCAAAGUUGGCAAAGCCCAUCACAACCACGAGGACUCGAAGAAAUCCCGGCUGUCGGCAGGCAGGACCCCUUGUCAGCAGGAGCUGGAUCAGGUCCUGGAACGCAUCUCCACUAUGCGGCUGCCGGAUGAACGAGGUCCCCUGGAGCACCUCUACUCCCUCCACAUCCCCAAUUGUGACAAGCAUGGCUUGUACAAUCUCAAACAGUGCAAGAUGUCGGUGAAUGGGCAGCGUGGCGAGUGCUGGUGUGUGGACCCUAUCCACGGAAAGGUCAUCCAGGGAGCACCCACCAUCCGCGGGGACCCCGAGUGCCACCUCUUCUACACAGCCCAUGAGCAGGAGGACCGGGGAGCACGUGGCCUGCGGAGCCAGUAGACAGAUGUGAUCCUGCUCACUGGAGGCAGCUCGUUGUGGCCCCAGUGCUGGAUUUUACAUGGGUUUCAGCGUGUCUCUUUAGGCUCUGGAAGAGACUGGGGUUGGGUCCUGCGCGCUGCCCUCCUUCCCCUGCUGCCCAGCCCCUGGGGAGGGGAGGGAUAACGGGCAGGGAAGGGUGGUGGGAGGGAGGGUUGCAAGGAGAAGGGACUGCUUUCCUAUAGUCUUUCACCCAAUGUAAGCCAGAGAACUGGUCUUUUUCGCUCCUCGCCCCAUAGCCCUGCCCUCCCUGCUGCCUUGUGGCAUCUUCCUGCACCCUUCAGCACAAAAUGCCCUGUGCUCCCUGGCACCUCCCAGGGGCCAAAACUCCUCACCAUGGGGGGGAAUGGGACAAAAAAAAAAAAGGAGAAAACCACCUUUCCCCCCUCUUUCCUUCCCUUUCCUUCCCCGAGACCAAAGACUGUAAAUACUGUGUCGCUUGCCUCUUGUGUCCCCCGUGCCCCAGCCUGGACGUGGGUCCUGGCAGGGGCUGCGGUGUGGGAGGGAGGGGAGGAGGAAAGCCCCAUGCAUCCCAGCUGGAACAUGCUGGUGUGGCCAGGAUGCAUCCCCCAGGGAGGCAUCAGUGAGGGAAAGGGCUAAGGAUGAGCCAGCUCCCCACAAAACACUCCUCGGUGCUUCCCUUCCUGGCGCUGGGGCAGAGCCAGCCCCGCAGGGACCCAGCUCCAGCUGCUGGCUCGGGAGGAUGGGGCCUUUGGGUGAUGGUGAAGUGCUUGGUUUUCCAGGGUGUUUGAAGGGCUAUUGCCCGCCAUUUCUUAGGAUCAGCUUAUGCUGAGGGAGCUAAAGUGAACUUGCUGGGGUUAGGUGGAAGGAUGCCUGUGUAGAUGUAGGAUAACAAGCCAGGGAGUGUCUCUCUCUCUCUCUCUCUCUCUCUCUCUCUCACUCUCUUUCUCUCUCAUUUAUUUUCUUUCUUAAUUUCUAGAUAGAGAAAAAACCCAUCUAAAACCUGCACUCCCAAGCAGCUGCCCUUGUCCCUCCAUUGUCGCUUGGGACUGGAGUGAGCAUCUGCUAUUCAGCACACACUUUUUCUUUCUUUUCUUUUUGUAAGUAAAUGACAGUAUAUAUCUUGCUUUUGUAAAGGCCCUGACACACACGCACCCCUCUGCCCACAUACACAUUUGUAUAGAUGAAAUCCAAGCGAUCCCAGGCACUCUGAGAGGUUUUACGCUGGACAUGCCCUUCCCAGGGGAGCUGUGUGUCUGCUGUUAUUUCGCCUGGUGAUCUCUUUCUGUGCAGAACACAUUGAUGCUGAGAAUAAAUAACUCCCCCGUUGUCUAAGCAAGGAUAUUAUUUUCUUUCUGUCUUUGCCCCCCACCCCCCCUUUUAAUGUGGACACCAUUUGCAGAGUAAUUGCAAAAAUCCUCUCCUCACUGUAAAAGUCUCAGACUUUCCUUAAAUGAAAUCAAGAUGGAGGUAAGGAAAUAAAGCAUCUCCCACUUUCUGGCAAAUGCUUCUGAAUAGCAAACAGAUCCUGGGGCCUCCGUGGAUGUAGGUGGAAUAGGAUGGAGGAAUGGGGUUCCUUGGUUGGUGAGUGCAGGUGCUGGCUGGAAGCACCCUGCACCUGUAUGGUGGGGCAAGGAAGCAAAGCUCCCUGACCGUGACAGCAACCUGCAGGGAUGGGACCAGCCCCUGGUGACUACCCCCACACCUCAGAAACACCAGACAGUGCUAGAGAAACACCAUAAAGGGGUCCUCACUGCUGGUGUUCCCUCAGCUGGAGACUUCCAGCUGGAGAAGGAAAAGCAGUCUAAUGGGCUCUGGAAAAAGGGGAGCACUGAGGUUUGUUGCUUUCCUCCUGCCCCCCUCCUUCUUGGCUCUACAUUUCACAUCCCAAGUGUGAGGGGCACAGGUAGUCUCUGCAAAUUAAGCCCCUCAUGACUUUCCAGGGGUUUAGAGGUGGUGGUGGGGGAGGAAGGGAACGGGACUCCCUUUGGAAAGUGGAGAUGGGGGUGCGUGCACGUGGAUGUGUGUGAGAGGGAGCAAGAGCACACGAGAGAGAAUGAAAACACACCUGCAUGCAAAGCCAAGUAACUGUAAAAAUGAUGCUACCUGUUUUCUGUUAACAUUUGAGGGUGUUCUGCUUUUUCAUGUAAACCUUGCACAUGCUGGCUCUCAUCUGCAGUUUGUACUUUUUGUUUUGUUUAGGAAUCAGUUUUCUUUUGUGUUUUUCUUUUUUUUUUCUCUUCUGGAAAAGCUGAGCUGCAUAAAAUUGGAAUAAAUUAAAUGGGAUGCCAGAAAA